CGCCGGGCGCUCUGCUCCUCCUCCGCGCCAGCUCGCCUCCCCUGCCCUGCCUGCCUUCCGAGGCCAACAAGCCCGAGCUCACCAGCCUCGGCGCGCCCCAUCUAUAUAAGCGCCCGCCUCUCUCCUCACUUAAAGCAAGCACCCACACCACGCGCGGGGAGGGAAGGAGAGAGAAGCUAGGCGGAGCAGCAGCUGCAGCAGCGGCUGCGAUUAACGCCAGACAGAUAGGUGGCAGAGGAAGAAAGGGGGAGAGGGGAGGAAGGGCUAGCUGAGAGGCGAACUCAAGGAGAGGGCAGCUGCAGCAGCAAGUAUAGGUAGCUAGCUUGCUCGGAGGCAAUGAGGUCGUCGUUGCGGCGGAGCGUGGUUGCGGCGGCCGUAGUGGCGCUGGCGGCGGCGUGGUGCGCGGCGGCGCAGCUGAACCAGAGCUACUACGCGUCGACGUGCCCCAACGUGGAGACCCUGGUCCGCGGCGCCGUCACCCAGAAGCUGCAGGAGACCUUCAACGCCGCGCCGGGCACGCUCCGCCUCUUCUUCCACGACUGCUUCGUCAGGGGCUGCGACGCCUCGGUGCUGCUGUCGGGCCCCGGCGACGAGCACAGCGCCGGCGCCGACACGACGCUGUCCCCGGACGCGCUGGACCUCGUCACCCGCGCCAAGGCCGCCGUCGACGGCGACCCGCGCUGCGCCAACAAGGUCUCCUGCGCCGACAUCCUCGCGCUCGCCGCCCGCGACGUCGUCUCGCAGACGGGCGGGCCGUACUACCCGGUGGAGCUGGGUCGGCUGGACGGCAAGGUGGGCACGCGCGCCGUGGUGAAGCACAGCCUCCCCGGCGCCGGCUUCGACCUCGACCAGCUCAACAAGCUCUUCGCCGCCAACGGCCUCACCCAGACCGACAUGAUCGCGCUCUCAGGUGGGCACACGAUCGGCGUGACGCACUGCGACAAGUUCGUGCGGCGGCUGUACCCGUUCAAGGGCGGCGCCGGCGCCGCCGGUCCGCCGAUGAACCUCUACUUCCUGCGGCAGAUGCGGCAGACGUGCCCGCUCAACUACAGCCCGUCGGCGUUCGCGAUGCUGGACGCCGUGUCGCCCCGCAAGUUCGACAACGGCUACUACCAGACGCUGCAGCAGAUGAAGGGCCUGCUGGCCUCCGACCAGGUGCUCUUCGCCGACCGCCGCUCCCGCGCCACCGUCAACUACUUCGCCGCCAACCAGACCGCCUUCUUCGACGCCUUCGCCGCCGCCAUGGCCAAGCUCGGCCGCGUCGGGGUCAAGACCGGCGCCGACGGCGAGAUCCGCCGGGUCUGCACCAAGGUCAACUAGCCAUACUAGAAGGGUUGUCUGAGAAGAAUGCCCACCAUGUCCAUGUCCAUGCCGAGUCUCGAGAGUCCAUGAUCACAGUCGCAGUGUAUUAAUUCGUUAAUCCGCCGAUUCUUUCCUUGAUUGUGUAUGUAGUAAAAAUCAUGUAACAAGAAGAGGUAGCCCCAUACAGUACGGUCUUAGGAUUUAUACUUUCAGCUCAUGGCCUACCUACCAUGUGAAUGUGAUAGGAAAAAGAAGGUACUAUACUUACCACAUCGAUGUAAAUGCCACAAUUGGUCCGGUUAGUUGAUCAAGUAUAUGCCCACCAUCCUUUUUGACA